AUGAAAACUUCAAUAAUUAUAUCAAAUUUACAUAAAGAUGACUUUAUUAUAAAUAAUGACAAUUCAUUAAUUCAAACAUUCAAAUCAUUAUCAUUUGCAGAUCAAAUAAAAUUAAAAAUAUUAAACUAUAAUUCAAAUAUAAUUGAUGAUAUUUCACAUUGGUCAAAUUUACCAUUUUUAAAUCGUAUUAUAAUCAUAUUCAAAAAUGAAGAAAUUGCAACUGAGAUAUACUCAUACUUACAAAAAGGAUUGGCUGAUUAUGAUGUAAAAAUAACUUUACAAGAGAAUUUAUUGAAAAAGAGUAAGUCGAGUGAAUCUUUAUUCGAUGAUAAUUUAAAUGUAACUAAAUCAUUAGACAAUUUUAAAACAUUUUAUAAUGACGAUUCAAAUAAGGAUAAGAAUUUCAGUUAUGAUGAACCUGAACCACAACAAUUUAAUGUAAUUUCUGAUUUAUCUAAAUUAGGUAUUGAUUUGAAUGAUUAUAAUGAUAAAGAACAAAUGAAAGAGUUAAGUGGUGAAGAAGAUAAUGAAAACAAAUUGUUGGAUAAUGGUGAUAAGAAUGAUGGUAAUGCUCCGUUGAGAAGAAGAUCAACUAAAACUUUAUUUAAACCAAAAGCGCAAGGUAAGAAAAGUUCAGCAUUGAAUAAAUUAUCCAUAAAUACUAAAUUGGAUACUAAUGAUAAUGCCGAUAAUGAUGAUGAGUAUCCUUCAUCUCCUGUUAUAACAUUAGAUGAAACUUUUUAA